AUGUCGACGCAAAAUGUCGAUCCUCCGGUGAAACCAGAACCUCCAGCUGCCGCUGCAGCACCCAAGCCACCUUCAGGAAUCCGCACCGUCCUUCGGUAUACCGGAAUCCCAGUCUCAUGGCUUGACAAGAAACCCAAAUUGCCCAGUCGUAACUGGAUGAUAUUCCUUUCAAUAACGUCGACAUGUAUUGGGUAUUAUGCGUACGACAGGAGACAGUGCAGGAGGAUAAAGCAGGAAUACAUUGACAAGGUCAAAGACCUGGCAGAGGAGCGUCUCAAUCCUCUCGAGCCUCCUCGAAAAGUCACCGUCUAUGGAGCUAAAUGGCCGGGUGACGAGGACUACGACCAGGCCUUGAAAUAUUUCCGCAAGUACGUCAAGCCAAUUCUGGUGGCCGCAGCCAUCGACUUUGACAUGAUCCACGGAAAGCGGCAAGGUGACAUUGCUCGACGCGUUGCUGAAGACACUCGGAAACGUCGACGACUGGAUUUGGGUAUCGACCAACCCUCAGAGGCGGCCAAACUCCUACCCACGUAUAAACCUGUGGAAGAAGUCCGUCGACGCGAAUUGGAGGGCGGUAUCGUCAUCGUUGGCCGACACACUUUCAAAGAGUUCAUGGUUGGCUUGAAACGGGGCUGGACGCGAGGGCUCAACAAAGUCGACGAAGACGAAGAGCUGUCCAAGAUUCUGGACGAAGACCACCACUUCGACGAAGUCGACGACUCGGAAGACUCGACAGCGUCAAACCCAGCUUCACAUUCGCCUGUCUUCUCAAUGUCAACGUAUAAAGCCCCCAAAGAGCAGGAAACCUCCACCGACAACCAGGACGCCCCUGCCACCAUUCCGCAACUCCCUCCCCUUCUUCUCGUGCCAUUCCAUAACCGCAUUGGACUUACUCAGAUUCCACUCAUGAUCUGGGACUGGUUCAACCGACGGAAGUGGGUCCAAUCCGGUGCUGAGGCGGGUUAUCGACUCGUCAUGGCUCAAACGCGGCCCAUCGACGUUCCCCUCAGGCUCUCCGAAGAAGAGUCGACUCUCGACUCCACCGCCGAAUCCAACAACGGCGACUUGGACUUCGAUAAAGACGCCGACUUGUUGUUCAAAAAGUCCCUGCACAAGAUUGAAGAAGAGACAGAGAAGGAACGCGCCUCGUACUACAAGAAACUCCCGGCUAAAUUGGAGACUGCGCGAGCCCUCGCACGCGGUACUCGUGAACCUACCAAAGAUGAAUUGUCCACGCCUCCCCCGACCGAAGUCGAGCUUCGCGCUGAGAGGUUGAAGAAGGAGCGAAGAUGGCGCAAUGAUGUGGAGAGUUGGAACCUCAUUAAACCUUCCGCGUCAGUCGAAUGGGAUGAAAGACUUCGGGACGCAUUGCGCGUAUUCACAGACCCGUCCAAAAGCGCUUGA